CUUACCAUUUAAGCCUUCUUCACUCUCCUCUCUCUCCUUUCAAAAACCCCUCCCUCUCUACUCAAACCUCCCCAUCACAUUCUCACACCGUUUAUCUCUUUCUUUUUGUUCUUCAUUUAUUGGCAAAGAUUUCACCUUUUCCUUUCAUUCUCAUCUCAAAGAAAGGAUUUUUAGCUUCAGGGUUUGAAUUGUGAAGUUACUCACUAUCUCAGCUCAAGAAGUUACUCAAAUUGAACAAGGAAAAUUUCACUCGCCGAGAAAAUGGUUGGACCAAACUUCAUGGACGAGAUAGACUGCGGCAGCUUCUUUGACCACAUCGACGACCUCCUCGACUUCCCCGUCGAGGACGUCGACGGAGCAGCCGCCGCCACCACCUUGCCAUCCGUCGCAGCCGCCGGGAACUGCAACUCGCUGGCGAGCAUCUGGCCUGCCGAGUCCGACUCUUUCCCCGGCUCCGACUCGGUGUUUUCCGGCAACAGCGCUUCGGACCUUUCGGCGGAGCUCUCUGUUCCGUAUGAAGACAUUGUCCAAUUGGAAUGGCUUUCCAACUUUGUGGAGGAUUCCUUCUGUGGGGGGAGCCUUACAAUGAAGAAAGUGGAGGAGCCAUCAUCAUGCACCACCAAGGAGGACUCAUCAUCAGUGCACAACCAAUUCCACACAUCAAGCCCAGUUUCUGUCCUUGAAAGCAGCAGUUCCUGCUCCGGCGGGAAGACAGCGCCGCGCAGCCCGGAGAUUUACAUCCCGGUGCCAUGUGGGCGUGCACGCAGCAAGCGUCCACGCCCUGCAACCUUCAACCCUCGCCCUGCCAUGCAGCUCAUUUCCCCUGCCUCCUCUUUUGUUGGGGAGAACAUGCAGCCUAAUGUGAUCUCCACCAAGGCCUCUUCAGAUUCUGAGAAUUUUGCUGAGUCCCAACCUGUAACCAAGGUAGCAAAGCAAGCUUCUGGGGAGCCUAAGAAGAAAAAGAAAGUGAAGCUACCACUUCCAGUAGGUCCAGCUGAUAUCAUCAAUCAGAAUGCUAAUUCACAACCGGUUAGGAAAUGUAUGCACUGUGAGAUAACCAAGACACCACAGUGGAGGGCAGGGCCAAUGGGGCCAAAAACACUAUGCAAUGCAUGCGGUGUUCGCUACAAGUCAGGCCGGCUCUUCCCUGAAUACAGGCCUGCUGCAAGUCCAACCUUUUGCGCAUCCUUGCACUCCAAUUCCCAUAAGAAGGUCCUUGAAAUGAGAUGCAGGGGUAUUGACAAAUCUGGUUUUGCAACCCAUUCAGCUGCCUCACCCGAACUCAUUCCAAAUACUAACAGCAGCCUCACCCUGGAGUACAUGUGAGGAAGGGAGUGAUCCUAGUUGGAGAUUUCUCUUUCGUUACCUCCCUCUAGAGUCAUGUCUUGUGUUAUUUCUUAUUGAUAUUUCAUUUCUUUCGUUCAUUGGUUUUUGUACAGGGUUGGACUGGGGGAAUAGGAGCAAUAGAUGAUGAUCAUAUUUUAAUUAGCUGUUAGGGGAAGAUUGUAAUGAUAAGUGAAGAAAAAGGGGUAGAGAUAUGCAAGUCAAAAGGGUAGGGUCUUAGGUCUAGUAAUUGUAGGUCCCUUAAGGUCAUUAGGAGUUGGUGUCCCCGUUGUCUUUUUUUUUUCCCUUGGAAUUCUUUUCAUUUUUUCCCUUUUUAUAUAUAUCCCUAUCCGUGGGAAUUCUUUUUGCAGUUCAUUUGUAGCAAAAAUUCUGAGUUGAGUAAGAAACUUUUAAAUUUAUAAUGUUGCGUUUGCUGUGUUU